CCAGUAUUCCUCUGGGCGCGGCCUUCGCUUCCUGGACUAUUUACAGCUUCUUCCACUCUUGGGACCUAUACUGUAGAAUGGUUGGACCAAGGAACUGGUGACUGGGUGAACCGUGAUGCAGUCCGUCGAUUCUCCAAGACGGUUCCCCGCUCACCCCUCCAUGGCUUGAUGGAGAGCUCUUGAAAUGCCAGGAGGACGGACUUAAAUAUCCGUCCAUUCUCCUCGGUCAUCCUGGAGAAAAAUCCUCGAGACAUACCACUGCUUCUUUCAGUAGUUGUCCCAUCCAUUGAAAGGAAAAGAAAGCUGUCUGAAUCCAUCCCCUCGAGAUCUAUUCCGUCAUGGGCUCCACAACUACCUCGACUCUUCCUCCGGACUUUCUUUGGGGAUUCGCAACUGCGAGCUACCAGAUUGAGGGAGCUGUGGAUGAAGAUGGACGAGGCCCAUCUAUUUGGGAUACCUUUUGCAAAACCCCCGGCAAAAUAGCCGGUGGAGCCUCUGGCGAGGUGGCUUGCGAUUCUUACCACCGCACCCAUGAGGACAUUGCCCUGCUCAAGGAGUGUGGCGCAAAGGCCUACCGUUUCUCUAUCUCAUGGUCUCGUGUCAUCCCUCUCGGUGGCCGGAAUGACCCUGUCAAUGAAAAGGGUCUCCAGCACUAUAUCAAGUUUGUCGACGACUUGCUCGCGGCGGGUAUUACUCCUCUCGUUACCCUCUUCCACUGGGAUCUUCCCGAUGCGCUUGACAAGCGCUACGGUGGUCUUCUGAACAAGGAAGAAUUUGUUGCAGAUUUUGCCAACUAUGCUCGCGUAAUGUACAAUGCUUUCGGCUCAAAAGUCAAGUACUGGAUUACUUUCAAUGAGCCAUGGUGCAGCAGUGUGCUCGGAUACAAUGUAGGCCAGUUCGCCCCUGGCAGGACCAGCGACCGUACCAAGAGUUCUGUGGGUGACGGCUCGCGCGAGCCUUGGAUCGUCGGCCACAACAUCCUUGUGGCUCACGGAGCGGCGGUGAAAAUUUACAGAGAAGAAUUCAAACCCAGAGACGGUGGUGAGAUUGGCAUCACAUUGAAUGGUGACUGGGCCGAGCCUUGGGAUCCCGAGAACCCCGCGGACGUCGAGGCCUGUGAUCGCAAGAUCGAGUUCGCUAUCUCCUGGUUCGCUGACCCCAUCUAUCACGGCAAGUACCCAGACAGCAUGGUCAAACAAUUGGAUAUCGCCCUCGUCCACGGCAGCAACGACUUCUACGGCAUGAACCACUACUGCGCCAACUACAUCAAAGCCAAGACAGGCGAGCCGGACCCCAAUGACGUCGCCGGCAACCUGGAGAUCCUCCUGCAGAACAAGAACGGCGAAUGGAUCGGUCCCGAGACACAGUCGCCCUGGCUGCGACCCCAGCCCAUUGGGUUCCGGAAGCUGCUGAAAUGGCUCAGCGACCGCUACAACCAGCCCAAGAUCUACGUUACCGAGAAUGGCACCAGUCUCAAGGGCGAGAAUGACCUGCCCGUGGACCAGAUCCUGAACGACGAGUUCCGUGUGCAAUAUUUCCGCGACUACAUCGCCGCCAUGGCGGACGCCUACACGCUGGACGGUGUUAACGUCCGCGCUUACAUGGCAUGGAGCUUGAUGGACAACUUCGAAUGGGCCGAAGGCUACGAGACCAGAUUUGGCGUCACCUUCGUCGACUACGCAAACAACCAAAAGAGAAUCCCCAAGAAGAGCGCCAAGGUCCUCCGCGAGAUCUUCGAUCAGUACAUCGAGAAGGCUUAGGUUGACGGACUGUAUGACAUGGAGCUUAGGAUGAUGUUGCAUGUACAUAAAAUUAAAAUCUCAUGAUUUCACAGAG